UUCCACGUCUGUGUGGUAAUGCUGGUGUUGGGGGAAGGGGCGUCACCAUCUGUUCUUAAUUCCCUGGUCAUUGGAUUAGUAGCCCUUAGUGAUGAGAUCAGCAGGAUCAGCUUUCCCGAUGGGGCACUGCACUCGCUUCAGCUGCAGGCUCUUCCCAUCUGGGCUGUCUCUCUGGAGGGGAGAGACAGAAAGAGGAAUCUGAGGCAUGAAGUAAAUUAGCCUUUGAAGGAGCAACAAAACCAGGUCUGCAGAGGGCAGGAGGACGGUGUUCAGAGGCCAGUUUUCUUUUGUGGGGAGUGACGGCACUUUUUCUGCGGGAACAGUUGUGAAGUGUUUCCUGGCUAUGCUGGGUUGCUUCGAUUUUCUAUUACAAGCUUGUAUCCUACUGAGUAAGGAAGUGUCUUUUCCCCGUCUUUCCUCUGGCUUGUAUGUUUGGAGCCCCAGCACACAUUACACAGAUGUGGCUCUCUCACACUUCGUUAAGCAGCCUUCAACUAGAUCUUUGCUUUUAAACCUGUCUCUUCGGAAGGUUUGCUUGUGCUAAACUACAGCUGCCAGCGUUUGGAAGCUUAGAUCGGUUGCCGUUCAAGAGGAAAAUAUUGUUUAAGGAAAUACUUUUGCGAGUCACAGCUCCUUUUUCUGUUUUGUUUACUUGUGGUUCGACCUUUCCCUCUGGAUUUUUGUAUUCCCAUAACGGACCAGCCUAAGAGGUGCUUUAAUAUUUUUAUGCAUGCUCCUCUUCUGUGGACUGCAACACUGCUCUUGAGAACACCACGGUGCUUGUGUCGCAGGUGUUUCCUAACGAGGAGUGUUUUUUCUCUGAAACCAUUGCUGCUAAAGGGCUCCAAACGGGAGAAAUAAAUCCAGUCUGCUUGUCGAGUCCCUGGCUCAGCGUGCAAGUGCUUUCAUGAGGUAACAUUGGGCCAAAGUCAACCUUUCUUUCUCCUUUCUGAAUCUGCAGCCAAGAAAUGGGCCAGAAAAUCUCAGGGAGCAUAAAGUCUGUGGAUGUGAGGGAGCCCCCUUAUAGACCUGUUAAACGAGAGCUGAGGGGACCAGAUUUUUGCAAGCCUGCUCGACUGGACAUGCUGCUGGAUAUGCCCCCUUCCCAACUGGAGGUCCAGUAUAAACAUGCUUGGAAUAAUGAAGAUCGAUCUUUAAAUAUAUUUGUAAAAGAGGAUGACAAACUAACUUUUCAUAGGCACCCAGUUGCCCAAAGCACAGAUUGCAUCCGGGGCAAAGUUGGCUACACAAGAGGCCUACAUGUCUGGCAAAUUCACUGGCCCACUAGGCAACGAGGAACACAUGCUGUGGUGGGUGUAUCAACAGCAGAAGCUCCAUUACAUUCUGUAGGAUAUACAUCAUUGGUUGGUAGCAAUAGUGAAUCAUGGGGCUGGGAUCUGGGACGUAACAAACUUUAUCACAAUUGUAAAAACCAGCCUGGGGUGACGUAUCCUGUUUUUUUGGAACCAGAUGAGUCUUUUGUACUCCCAGACUCCUUAUUGGUAGUUUUGGAUAUGGAUGAAGGAACGCUUAGCUUCAUUGUAGAUGGACAGUAUCUUGGAGUGGCCUUCCGAGGACUGAAAGGGAAAAAACUUUACCCUGUAGUCAGUGCAGUUUGGGGGCACUGUGAAAUUACAAUGAGAUACAUCAAUGGACUUGAUCCGGAACCCCUGCCUUUAAUGGACUUGUGCCGAAGAUCAAUUCGCUUUGCUCUUGGCAGAGAUCGCCUGCAUGACAUAGAAUCUCUACCUUUGCCCCAGUCUCUGAAAAAUUAUUUACAGUAUCAAUAAGUCUUAGAACCCUUUUUCUGGCCUCACGUUGGACUAAAUCAAUGCAAAUAGCAGAAAUUAUUGUUUACAUCAAAAUAGAAAUCUUUGUGGUGGACACUUGAGUGUUAUUUAAGUUUUAAUAUAUGUAUUUUUUUUUCUGAAUCAACUGAAGCAGAACAAACUGGGGAAUACUAACGUACACAAAAAACAUCAAUUUGAUCUAGAUUCAAAAAUUAUCUGUUGCCUAUAGGACAGUAUCCAAGAUUGAAUUCUCCCAGUCAGAUCCUUAGCUGGCACUUAUUGGCUUAGCUCCAUUGACUUCCGGUAGACACCAGCUGAAAAUCUGGCCCCUAAGAGUUAUCCUUAUGCAGAAUAGCAUCCUUUGAAUAAUGUGGUUACUAGUGAUAGAAAUAACAUUGUGUUAAGUUAACAAUAAUGUCUAAAUCUUAAAAUGUGAUGUUCAGAGGUGCUGAGUAAUCAUUUUAUCUGGAGUCUUGAAUACUUAGCCCUUAAUGUGUUAGAGGACUUAUCAUGUCUAAAAUAUAUGAAGUAAGUCAUUAUAUAGAACACCAUUGCUGGAUUUAAAGGUACAUGAGAAAAAUUGUUCCUGAAGAGUGGAAGGUCAACUAAAUUGGAUAUAGUAAUAAAGUCAAUGCAGUCCAAUGUUUUCAAGACCAAAUUUCAUUCCUCCAAAGUUUUGCAUAGUUUAUAACAACAAAGCUGUUCACUAUCUUGAGAUUUUAGGAUAUUCACAUUUUAAGAAGCCUGUCACUUUUUUUUAUUUGAACAAAUUUAUUUUUUUUGUGUUAUACCAACUCUAAAUACUUCUGCUCUCUUUUUAAUGUAUGUGUGAUAUAUUGUUUAUUUAUCUGUUUAACGUCUGUGGAGUCCUCAUUUAACUGUUUCCAUCUCGGAAGGAGUGAUUUACUUCCCCCAAACCCCAGAUGUAUACAUUUUUCAGGCUCAACCUGUUUGUAAAGAUGCUGCUUUCUACUUGCAUUUCUUAUGUUUCAAGUUAUCUGCCUGAUCAGUUAUCUAGUUUUUAAACUGGAAGUUGUUGUAAUGGCAGGAUGUUGACUGUUGAGACUUAACUGCCUUCAGCAUAUUUUAAUGUGAAUUUACUGAUGAAUGAGGAGAAAAUUUCUAAUAAAGUCUACUGUCCAAA